AUGGCUGCGGACGGACCGAAGCCUGGCUUCUUGGGAAACAUCAACCCGGACCAGGAAGCAAAGCUGCAGAAACUAUGGUCAGUGCUGCUGAAGGCGGCUGAGUCGCCGUCGGGCGACGAGCAAUCCAAUGUCUCUGCCGAAGAGCCAACUAGCCCAGCCCAGCCUCAACGCCGACACUCUCUACUCAGUCGUACGCAGAGCAAUAUCUCCGAGAAAACCACUGCCAGUGGGACGAGGGCUCCAUAUCAGCAGAAGGUUAUGGCGUAUCUCAGAGAGAUCGGCAUCGGCGCACAGGAGACCAAAAUGGUCCAGAAGGCCCUCUCGGAGAUAGCCCCGCUCGAGCUGCGUAACGGUGUCCUCAACUUGCUGAAGCAUGACAAUCCUGACGCGAUGAUGCUCCGAUUCCUGCGUGCCCGCAAGUGGGAUGUUCCAAAGGCCUUUGCCAUGAUGAUGGAAGCUAUCGUCUGGCGGGUUAAGGAAAUGCAUGUGGAUGAUGACGUGAUGGCCAAGGGCGAGCUGCAUGCGCUGCAGCAAGAGCGAAACAACGCCAACGUGGUCGAUAAGAAGGCCGGGAAGGACUUUUUGGCCCAGAUGCGUAUGGGCAAAGCCUACGUUCAUGGAACAGACAAGCUCGGUCGACCGAUCGUGGUGAUCAAGGUUCGCUUGCACAAACCGGGUGCACAAAGUGAAGAGACCCUGGAGAGAUACAUUGUGCAUGUCAUCGAGUCUGUUAGACUGCUACUCUCCCCUCCUGUGGAAACGGCCGCUGUGGUAUUUGACAUGACAGGGUUCGGGCUCUCUAACAUGGAAUAUCCACCCGUCAAGUUUAUCCUCAAGUGCUUUGAAGCCAACUACCCAGAGUCACUGGGUGUUCUGCUCAUCCACAAUGCCCCUUGGGUGUUUUCAGGAAUCUGGAGAAUCAUCCGAGGCUGGAUGGACCCUGAUAUCGCAGCCAAAGUGAAUUUCACAAACAACACAAACGAUCUUACCAAAUUCAUCGCCCGUGAUCAACUCGUCGCGGAGCUCGGUGGUACCGAAAAGUGGAAGUACGAGUAUGUCGAGCCCGAGGAGCAUGAGAACCAGAAGAUGGAGGAUACCACCACCCGGGACGCACUUAUCCGGGAGCGUCAACAAAUCGGUGAAGAGUUUUUGGAAGCAACCUCAGAUUGGAUUGAAGCAGCAAAGUCAAAAGACAAGACUCAGGUACAAGCUGCAGAGAGCCAGCGAACAUACUUGGCAGAGCGAUUAAGAGUUAAUCACUGGAAGCUUGACCCAUAUACUCGGGCUCGCCUGUGUCUCGACAGAGAACGAGUCAUCCAAGACGGCGGAAAGAUUGACUUCUAUCCCAAGGCAGAGGAGUUUGUGGAAACAAAACCCGUGGAGCUGAGAAAGACCUCGGAGGUGGAGCAUCUAGAGAGUGUGAAUGGUAGCACGGCCCAGGCGACGGUUGCGUAG